AUGGGUUGGCCACCGGCUGUUAUUAUUGUUGUCAGGCAUGGUGCUCGCCUCGACCAAGCAGAUAAUCAAUGGUACUUGACGACCCCAACUCCAUACGACCCGCCACUUACAUAUGGUGGAUGGACGCAAUCAAGAGCUCUUGGAGCCUGUAUAGCGAACAUACUACGGACUCGCGAGACGGACGAUGAGUUUGUUGGUAGUGAGGACCAGAAUGGAAGCAACAACAGGAAGAGAAGGCAUAAAGUGGUCAUACAUACAUCCCCGUUUUUGCGCUGUGUUCAGACAUCAGUCGCCAUAAGUGCUGGUCUUGCACAAAAUCCUGGUCACACACAUCAACAUUCGCAACGUUCUUCUUCCGCACACUCCCAGCACAAAAGCUCGCAGAUGCACUCUUCUCCUAGAGUACGUCCUACGCUUUCAACAGACUCCCCCAGACUGGCCCCACUCCUGGAGACUACAGCUCUGACGCCCAGUUCAAGUAGUAGCAUUAUUGGACAGCCGGAUAAUAUUAGGAGAUCGAUAAUACGGGUCGAUGCGUUCCUUGGUGAAUGGUUGGCUCCGGAUUACUUCGAGCAUAUUACCCCGCCUCCAAGUUCCAUUAUGAUGGUAGCUGGUGCCAAAGCGGAUUUAUUACGAAGAGAGGAUUACAAUAGCUUGAUACAUGCGCGAGAUUUCUCAGCACAAGGUUCAUCAUUCCAACCAUUUCCAGGCGGAUGGGGAAGUCCGGUGACAAUCGAGAAGAAGGAAUUGCCAUCAGUCUCGAGUUUAAGCCAUACGCUACCCAGAAGAGACCGAACGAGCAGUCUGAGCAGUGUCGGAAGCAACGGGAACCGUCAAGGAUUAAAACCAGACGGUAAUUUGCCCACGUCCGAGCACGGUAUUUAUCAGCCACCUGUUCCGAGUUAUGCGAUUUCUACAUCCGAUCCUAUACCACCGGGAUAUGUUACCCAUGCCAGAGAUGCAUGUGUUGAUGUCGAUUAUCAAUGGGAUAGCAUGCGCGAGCCUCUAGACUGGGGAAAUGGUGGUGAGUACGGUGAAGAAUGGCCCUCGAUGCAUAAAAGAUUUCGGAAAGGUCUGCACAGCAUGCUAGAUUGGUACAGCAGUAAUGAGAAUCCUGGAGAGAUGGUCACCAAGACUCCUUCUAGUCCAGAGUUGGAGAAACAAUUUUCUAUUGACGAAAGUCAUGAAUUAGAUGACACGGAUCUUGUCCUUGUCCUGGUCACCCAUGGCGCUGGAUGCAAUGCACUUAUUGGAGCCCUGACUAACCAGCCCCUUCUAAUGGACGUUGGAAUGGCAUCAUUGACCAUGGCGGUUCGAAAACCCACUCCCGAGAAUACACCCGCCUCAAGCCCCGGUGCAACCUCUAGAGUGCAUUCUCGUACAAAUUCGAGAAAUUUAACAAUCGCAGACGAUUAUGAGCUAAAACUUUUGGCAAACACAGAACAUCUACGCUCGGCCACAAACAGUACUGCUUCAUCCCGAAACCCUUCCAUCGCAAACCUGUCUACAUUUCGCGAUCGUCAGCAUAACGACCCAAAUCGUCCUACCGCCGUAAACUCCAGCCUCGGCAGUAUUAGAAGGACAGCAAGUGUAGCAAGUUCCCAACCUCGAACAUUUACACCGGUCACCAGGCAGUCAUCAAUUGGCCUAUGGAGUGCUACCCCUCCGCUUAGACAAUCCACUGAUGAAAACGAUGACACAGAUGGUGAUAGCAUGAUAUUGAACUUUGGAGAGGAUGGCACGAACUCAAAGGCAUUGGUGCAGUCGGUCGUCGAAGAGGAAAACAAAUCAGCCAUAGCGAAAAAUAAGGAGAUAGAGACUAGUGCGUUAGAGGAAGAUGAAGUUGCUCCCUUGGGCUUGUGGGGAUCACCAAGAUUGACGGCGAGUUCGGGUCCAGCUGUUGAUCUGGAUAAGACAGGUCAUGCACCGAAGAGGAGAUGGACGGUCGAUGAAAGAAUAUGA